AUGCUAACCACAGUUAUUAUUUUGGGAAUUCUAUCGAGAUGCGUCAUCGGGCAGUAUCCCAGUCCCGGCGAUACGACUGCUACUGAUCAAGACGUCGAUUCCGCUAGCAGUGAUCGAAUGGCCCCUGUGGCUCCACCUCGUGUACCCGCGAUCGACCGGCCAUCAUUCGGCUAUCGGCCACCACCACCACCGAUGAGACGAGAUGCCAAAAGUGCUGGCCAGUGCACAUUUGAUCAGAACUUGUGGCGGUUUGAACCGCAAACAGCAAUUGCAAAUGCAGUAAUGUUUGAUCGAACAACUGGCUUUAGUUGCGAAGAAUGCAUUGAUAAAUGCUUGAAGUAUCAGGUAAAGCUUUCUUUAAACUGCACCGGCCCGUUCAUUUCCGAAAGAAACCGGUUAAUAGUGAAUAGUGGACGCUGGGUAGUCCAUGGUGAUGCUCGGAGCGGUCAGUAG